CCUUCCUGUUUCGGCCGCGCCCUCUCCAGCGCCGGCCGGGGGCGGGGGCGGGGACGGAACUGGGGCAGCGCAGGCCGGAGUGCGGCAGAUACUGGCAGCUGCGGGACAUGACGGCAGGCCGCCAGGCCGAGGGUGCGGGUACGGACCACGCAUCCGCGCGGCUGCCCUCCCGGGUGGCCAAGCUACUGUCUGCACUCUUCUACGGGACCUGCUCCUUCCUCCUCGUGCUGGUUAACAAGGCGCUGCUGACCACCUACCGUUUCCCAUCACCAAUUGUUCUUGGAAUUGGACAGAUGGCAGUUACCAUAAUGAUACUAUAUGUGUCCAAGCUAAAUAAAGUAAUUCACUUCCCUGAUUUUGACAAGAAAAUUCCUAUUAAGCUGUUUCCUCUGCCUCUCCUCUACAUUGGAAACCACAUAAGUGGAUUAUCAAGCACAAGUAAAUUAAGCUUGCCGAUGUUCACCGUGCUCAGGAAAUUUACCAUUCCACUUACUUUACUCCUGGAAACCAUCAUACUCGGGAAACAGUAUUCCUUGAACAUCAUUGUCAGUGUCUUUGCCAUCAUUCUUGGUGCUUUCAUAGCAGCUGGUUCUGACCUUGCUUUUAACUUGGAAGGCUAUAUUUUUGUAUUCCUGAAUGAUAUCUUCACAGCAGCGAAUGGUGUUUAUACCAAACAGAAAAUGGACCCAAAGGAGUUAGGAAAAUAUGGAGUGCUUUUCUACAAUGCCUGCUUCAUGAUUAUCCCAACUCUUAUCAUUAGUGUCUCUACUGGAGACCUUCGACAGGCUACUGAAUUCAACCAAUGGAAGAAUGUUCUAUUUAUCAUACAGUUUCUUCUUUCCUGUUUUUUGGGACCAGUAAGGCACACUCAAGUGUUUUCUUCGUUGCCCCAGGUUUCUGUUGAUGUACUCCACACUUUUGUGCAGCUAUUACAAUUCGGCCCUGACGACGGCGGUGGUUGGAGCCAUCAAGAACGUAUCCGUUGCCUACAUUGGAAUGUUAGUAGGUGGAGACUACAUUUUCUCUGUAUUAAACUUUGUAGGGUUAAAUAUUUGCAUGGCAGGGGGCUUGAGAUAUUCCUUUUUAACUUUAAACAGCCAGUUAAAACCUAAGCAACCUGUGGACGAAGAAAACAUCCCUCAGGAUUUGAAGGGCUAGAACCUGGGGCAGAAUUGCAGACUGGCUUGCAGACUGCGGGGAAUGAGGGAAUAUUCCCAGCUGUUUUGGUUGUGGCGCUCACCCCUGGUUAAGGCACAACAGGAAUGUCUGCAAAAUGCAAAGAGAAUCUACAUCAUGUGCUGCACGAGGAGCCAUCAUCAGCCCUGAGAAAUGUAUCCGGGCAAAGCCUUACCAGCUGAAAGUGCAUCUUCUCAAAAUAAACCACUGGUGAAAGGGAUUGUUUCCAAGGCACUUGCGUGGACCGCACAUCCGUGUGCUGUUCCAGGUACUGCGAGUGCUUCAAAGGAGGCCGAUGCUGUGAGGGUGCUUAUCAGCACCUUGGCCUUAAUUUCAAAGGUCCCAGGCAAAGCAGAGUGCCAGCGGCAACAUUUUUUUGGUUUAAACAGACAUGUCUUUAUUUUAAUAAAAUCAGCCACUUAACUGCCAGUAGAGUUAUUUGCUAGCUUUGAUUUGAUCUUAUAUAUUGGUAUCUUUUCCCAAUCAUCAAAGUAAAAUAAAAAAUAAUUUAUAUGCAUA